UCGAGUUGAUGAGGGUAAGGGAAGAGUGCGUGUUACCAUGGAGGUGACUAGAGCUUUCCGUUGUAAGAUGGCUGUUCGUCGAAUGUUACUAUUCAUAAAGGGAAAUUUAAUUCCAUUGUUUGAUUGUGUUAAAUCUCAACCUUUAAUUGAGAAGGUCCUUGGAAAUGGUAUAAUUUCAAGAGAUUAUAUUUUUUAUUUAGAGGAGAAGUUCGUUGGUAUAAAAUAUGUUUGUGUUGAGGUUGAUCCUAAUGUUGAUUCCGAUAAGAUUGAAAAUUUUGAUUGGAAUUUGGGUCGAUUGGAUUUUUACCUUUAACCAAGAUGGCCUAUUCUCCUUUUCCGGUUAAAUCAAUUGAAAGUGGUUCCCUCUAUGGUUUUAUAGAUGAAACUACCGGAAAGGAUUUUCUUCUUCUUUGUUUAUUUCAAAAAAAUUUUUCUGUUGAAAUAAUUUGUAUCAAUUUACUAUUUGUGAUAUUUUCAUUUAUUUAAUUUCUUUUAAUUUCUAAAAUUAUUUCUACAUUUGUGAACAACUUAAUGGAACUUUUCAGUAAUACCCAUGUCCCAAUACCAGAGGAUAACAUUUACAUUUAUUUGAUGGUGACUCCAAAUUAUUCACGUACCAUGAAUGAUAUGGCCUCUUUUAGAAGUCGUUUGAUGAUCGAUCGGCCCAUUUUGGCUGUUCUUGCUGUUACAAAUUUAAUAAGUGAAGUUGAUGGUGGAUUAAUUGUGACCGUUUCUCGAACAUUGGUUGCUCAUUUUAAAGAAAUCUGUGGUACCCGUAGGUACAUUUUAAAUGUAACCGAUUAUAUUGAGACAACUUUUAACGUGUGUGUGUACCGAAGAGAAUCUCUUCAUACGGAUGUUGAAUUUGUUACAAACAUUGGUGGACAAUUUGGGUUAACAAGUGAAGAUUUCUUUUACAAUGAGACGAAGAGGUUUAAUGAGUUGGAUUUGGUGAGGAUAAAGGUAACAUUCGAAGGGAUGAAACGGCUUUUAAAAAGAAGUAUGGAGGUCUCAUUUAAUGAAGAGAUUUAUUAUCUAUUUAAUGACAUCGGAUUGUACCAAUGCUUCAAGUGCAAAGGAAGGGUUACUUUGGAUCAUCAAUGUGUUUCGACUUUAAUUUGCUUUCGUUGUGGCGAUCCAGCACAUACCACUGGGUGUAAAGGAUAUCACUGUCGAACCUGUGGGAAAAAACAUUUGCGAGAUCUGGUUAGCUGCAAUGUAAUCUUUAAUCGUACUCUAAGAGAAUUGGCCAAAAAUGAGAGGACAAUCAAAACUAUUUAUUUGGAUUACCAUUUGUCAAGAUAAAGUUAUUCUUCUUAAUUCAUUCUGUUUGUC